AUGCUUGUGAUUAGUUUAUUACCAACUUUGACAAAAAAAGACCGUCUUUCUUUGGGCCCUCUUUCUCGACAAAAACGCAUAGCUUACGCUGUCCUCGUGCCCACUGAAGAACUUACUAAAGAUCUUUCUCUUUCCGCCGCGGUUAUUAGUCCUUCAACUGAGCAACUUACUACUGCAUCAUCUGCAUAUUCUCCUGGCUCGGCAAAUUCGCAUAAAUUUUUAAAAAGCAAUCCAAAUAUGGGAUUACUAGGAAGCGAAGCAAACUCGGUCAUCAAACACGCAUGUUCUCGUCCUACUGUACAUAGUGAAGCGGUUCCUGGCCACUUAGAGAAUGUCAGUUCGCCCCGACCUGCUUCCUCCUCUUCGAUCUCUUCAUCCUCUUCUAUAUCAUCUGCUCCCUCGACUAAUGAACCUUCAAUAUCAUUUUCUUCGCAGGCUUCCAAUGUUUUAGUGCCCAGUCAUCUUGCAUCAAAUGGCCCCGGUAAGCCUGGCACCUUUAUUACCGAUUGUUUGGCUACAUUUUUUCGUGAGCUUUCAACAACCUACGAAAACUGCCGUCUUGGGCGGCACCUGCCAUACUACCGCCCAAACGAAUGCCGACCGGAAACUGCCUUUAUCCCCGUUUAUCCGAUUGGAGGUAAUCGGUAUUUUUUAUAUAUCAUUUGUUUUAGCUUGAGUAUUUUAGCAUUCACGCUUUAA